AUACGUUGAUUAUACUUCCUAUUAUGAUUUAAUAAUAAUAAAUGUAUAUUAUAAAAAAAACAUUACGUUGUCAUACGUUGUCAAUAAAAAUGGCUGACGUUACUGUUGCAUCUAUCAAACAAUAUUCUAUUUAAUACAAUAACAGUUUAAUUAAAAAAAAUAAAAUACGACAAAUAUGUCUAAUAGUUUGAGUGCAAUUAAUGACAAUUAUUUAUCUGAUUCAUCAAACGAAGAUGAUGAUGAUGAUGAAGAAGAAGAAAAAGAAAAAGAAAAAGAAGAACCGAGUAAAACUGGUCUAACUUUAUCCGUACCUGAAAGUAUUCUGUCGUGGAAAGGUGUUCCUCAUCAUGAAGAAAAAAUUGAUAAUCCGUCAGAACAUAAUGGAAGAAUUAGAAGUUUCAAACAUGAACGUGGCAAUUGGUCAACGUUGAUUUACAUUAAUUAUACAGCAACGGAUGCUAUGCUGUCUUGGAUAAAAUCGAUAGAAACUUUAUUACCAAAAGAAAGUAAUAUAUUAUUAGAUCAAUUUCAUCUUAGUCUUACUCGAACGUUGGUACUUAAAUAUCACUGGAUCGAAUCAUUUGUUAAAAGUUUGAAAGAAUUAUGUUCAAUGUUAGUAAAAUUUCAUAUCGAGUUUAUGGAUGUUCAAGUAUAUUGCAAUGAAGAAAGAACUCGUACAUUUCUUGCAAUUAAUUGUUCAAAUACUACGUUAAAUUAUAUAAUUAAUCUUAUCAAUAAUAUGCUUGCUGAAUAUCAGUUACCACCUUAUUAUGAGGAUCCUUCAAAUCAUAUAAGCAUCUUUUGGUGGAUAGGUGAUAAAGAAGAUUGUCUGAAUAAAAUUCUACCUUCGAUCAAAUCUAAUUUUGAUGAAUUUUAUGUUAAUAAUACCGAAGAUAAUUAUGUAUACGUUGACGAGUUACAUUGUAAAAUAGGAAACAAACUUUAUACAUUUCCAUUAAAAUUAAAUGAUCAUAGAUAACUACCUCAUUCAUAUGUAAACGAGUGUAAUUCAAAAUGUAAAACAGAAAAGAAGCUUUUUUUUUAAAAACAUGUAAAAAAUAUAAAUAUUAAU